CACACUGCACCCUGCCUACUUCCCUUGGAGGUUCUAUCUUGGAACCCUAGGAGGACCCUGCUAGAAUAAGAGGCACCUUUGCUUGUUGCUGGGGUAGUUAUUGCUGCUGGGAGUUUCUAAGUCCUCCUGUUCUGUGCUCGUCACGCUUCGUGCACGUACAUUCAGCCGCUUACAACCAGCCAGCCGGCGAAGACCAUGUCGGCCGUUACGAUGCAGACGGCUGCGGCUGUGAAGCCGUCAGCAUUUGUCGGCAGCACGAGCCUCAAGGCGAGCCAGCACAAGAGACUACAGGUCGCCGCGCCGAGCCGUUCCUCCGCUGCCGGCGUGCGCUGCAGCGCGGUCCGCUCGGAGCGCCUGUGGACCCCGAGCUCCGCCGCCAACAGCGGCGACAUCUGGUCCAUGCGGAACGACCUCGACGUGCCGCAGAGCCUGUACAUGGGCGCGCCGGCGGUGGUGGCGGGGCAGGGCGCGCCGCCCCCCAUGCUGCAGGAACGGUUCCAGUCGGUCAUCUCGCAGCUCUUCCAAAACCGCAUUAUCCGGUGCGGAGGGGCUGUGGACGACGACAUGGCGAAUCUGAUUGUGGCGCAGCUGCUGUACCUCGACGCCGUUGAUCCCACCAAGGACAUCAUUAUGUACGUCAACUCGCCUGGUGGCUCCGUUACCGCUGGCAUGGCUAUCUUUGACACCAUGCGCCACAUCCGGCCGGACGUCAGCACUGUGUGUGUCGGCCUCGCUGCCAGUAUGGGCGCCUUCCUCCUUUCAGCAGGAACGAAAGGCAAGCGCUACAGCCUGCCCAACAGCCGCAUCAUGAUCCAUCAGCCGCUGGGAGGGGCGCAGGGGCAGCAGACGGACAUUGAGAUCCAGGCGAACGAGAUUCUGCACCACAAGGCCAACCUGAACGGAUACCUGGCGUACCACACUGGGCAGUCGUACGACCAGAUCGUGCAGGACACGGAUCGCGAUUUCUUCAUGAGUGCAACAGAGGCCAAGGAGUAUGGCUUGAUCGAUGCUGUUAUCACCAACCCCCUCAAGGCCCUCAAUGCCGCCCCAGUUGCCGCCUAGAGUUCUUUACACUAAGGCUUGUUACUCCCCGUAGGUUAACUGGCUGUAUAUGCACAUAUACUUCUGGUCGGUGCAGUGAAACUCUGCGCCUUUCAGGGUGUGUAGUAGCACUUCCAGACAAAUAUGAAAAUAUAGCACUAAAACUGGA